AACAAAACAUGAAACCAUCAGUGCGCGUGUGCAGAGGCUUUAUGCAGAUUAUGUUGAUAGCCACAGUCGGCAAUGGAGAAAAUUCAGCCAAGUUGUGAUAGAAUUUGCCACAAAUAACUGUACAGUAGGAGGGAGAAUUAGGCUAAAAUGGAUGGCUCUUUCCCCCAUAUGAAGCUGGAGAACGAUGAUGAUGAUGACCUGGGGAACUCCAACGACAGUUACGCCAUGAUGGACGCGUACGACAGCCUGGGGGAGGGCUCCAGCAGCCCCAGUGAGAGUGAAGGAGAGGAGGAUGAUGACUCCAGGGAUCUGGACUAUGGCAGUGAUACCGGGCUGGGGUUAAGCGCUAACGCCGCUGUGAUUCCCUCUACAGUGCGGUGCGACCGCUGUGGGAAGGAGGGGGUCCGCCACGCGUUCUACGGCAAAGACAAACGUUUCUGUAGCGUAGCCUGUUCCAGGAACGCUCACUCCAAACCUGCUGUGCCAAAGGUCAAAAAAGACUCUUUGGGGGUCAAGUCAGAGAAAAAGAGUGUCCCUCCACCUCCCAUUCCCAGCACAGUCAACGGCUCCAAGAACAAACCGGGUCCGUUUGACUGGGGAGUUCAUAUUGAUACAGAGAAGAAGGAGUCUGCUCCUGUCACAUCAUUCAAACAUGCUCCCAUGUCAGGCCACUGGUCAGACGUUGCUGUGGGAAUGAAGGUGGAGGUGCUCAACACAGACUGUGACCUACCCAGCAAAGUCUUCUGGAUUGCUCAGGUUAUCAAGAUAGCAGGUUACCGUGCUAAGCUGCGGUAUGAAGGUUUUGAGGAGAACUCCAGCCUGGACUUCUGGUGUAACCUGUGCACUAUGGAGGUCCAUCCUGUGGGCUGGUGUGCCACCAUAGGGAAGCCUCUCGUCCCACCUAAAACCAUCCAACACAAGUACACCAACUGGAAGGGCUUCCUGGUCAAACGGCUGACAGGAGCCAAGACUCUACCUGGGGACUUCUACACAAAGGUUGUGGAGAGCCGUGAGUGUAAGUUCCGGUCGGGGAUGCAGCUAGAGGUGGUGGAUAAGUGCAGCAUCAGCAGCAUGCGUGUGGCUGUGGUGGAUGAGGUGGUGGGGGGGAGGAUCCGCCUGCUGUACAGGGACAGCCAGGACGAGGAGGAUGACUUCUGGUGUCACAUGGCCUCCCCACUCAUCCAUCCUGUGGGCUGGUCACAGCUGGUCGGACACAAGCUUACUGCCACUGCAGACUACAAGGCUGCAUCCUAUGCCAAGACAAUCUCAAAGAAACUGGAUCCCAUGGACUGCCCUCCAGACCUUUUUCGAAAGGAGAAGACUGUGGAUUCGUCCCACCAACAGUUCCAGGUGGGGAUGAAACUGGAGGCCAUCGACCCCCUCAACCUGUCCACUGUGUGUGUGGCUACUGUCAGGAAGGUGCUGAGAGAAGGUUACCUGAUGAUCGGGAUAGACGGGAUGGAGACCCCUGACGGGUCGGACUGGUUCUGUUAUCACCAGACUUCUGCCAGCAUCUUCCCUGUCGGCUUCUGUGAUCUCAACAAGAUAGAGCUCACACCUCCCAGAAAUUACAGUGCUCCAUUCAAAUGGCUGGACUACCUGAAGAAAACAAAAUCACAAGCUGCACCAGUCAAGCUUUUCAACAAUGAAAUCCCCAACCAUGGCUUUAAGGCUGGGAUGAAGGUAGAAGCUGUAGACCUGAUGGAGCCCCACCUGGUGUGCGUGGCCACGGUCGUGCGCGUGGUCGGCCGUCUGCUCCGCGUACACUUUGACGGGUGGGAGGACACGUACGACCAGUGGGUGGACUGUGAGGCGCCCGACCUGUACCCUGUAGGCUGGUGUGAGAUGAUGGGAUACCCACUACAGCCACCCCUUAUUAAAGCUUCUCCUCCAGCCAAGACAGACUCCUCCAAGAAGAGAAAGAGCAAAAAGCAGACCUCCUUUGGAACCAGGAAGAAGAAGAAGCAGACCUCCAAGAAGGUAACGUUAAAAGUUGACCACUCGGCACCACAGUCCGACUUCUACCAUCCCCUAGACGAUGAGGCUCCUCCACAUGUCAAUCUUCCUGCCCACGCGGUUGCCGCGGCGAUCCCGCCCGUGAAGGACCCUGAUGCGGAGGAGAAAGAUGAGAAACCCAGGUUUGACGACUUGGAUGCCACCAUGCAGCAAGCCAUAUCCAGCACAGCUGCCCUGAAGGAUGAACCUUUAGAUGAGGGCUACGAUGUGACCACACCGGCAGCUCCAGCUCUGCAGUCUCUCCCCAACUCCAGAAUAGACGAGAGCUCUCAGGACGGGUCCCUACAGCAGGCCGCGGUCGGCAGUGCUUCCAUUCCAGCCAGACAAAGUCUUAAGAUACAAGCCAAUCUCCUCGGUAACGCAGAGAACCACAGACUUUUAGGCUCGUCAAAAACGGACUCAGACACAUCGGGUGUGCGGCACAACAGUAGCAGCAAUGCUUGGUCAGGAACAGACUUUGCGAGCAGAAAUAACGAGCAGCAAACUGGAAAGGGCACGGUCAAUCAAGUUACAGCAAUGAGCAUAGGAAUCAAGAGCGAAGAGCAGCAGCCAAGACCAGACCAAGGCGGCUCCAUGCCCAAACCGAUGGUGCAGACAGAAGUGAAGAAAACCCCUCAAGUAAUAACGUUGUGACCUCCGAAGAUGACAUAUGUUACCCAACAGUUUGUUCUAUGGACUUUUGAAGUUUGCAUUCUGUUAGAAGGAUAUAAGCUGUUACAUUUUGUUAGUGUUUUAGGAUAUAGCCCAUUCAGUUUGAAGGUACUCCAUAUUGGUUGCAGGUUUGCUGAUGUUAGGACAGGUUGAAAGUGAAGUAGUUAGAGAAAAGAUAAAAUGGCCAACAUUGUGAUUCUUUAUUGGAGCUGUAUUAUAUCAAGGUUCUGAGUUGUUGUCAGCACUAUAAUAAUACUAGUAUGUUGUUGAGCAUACCUGUAUACAGGAGAACACUUUAAAACGUUUCAGCCAAGAUAUUAAUCUUUUAUUUUUAGUCCUUAGAGUCUAGAUAGUGUGACUGAGAAACUAAAAUUUAUUAAGUAAUCUUUAGAGUGCUAACACACAAUGUUUUGAUAGAUAGCUAGAAGUUCUUAGUUGUGUUUUACCAAUAUUACAUGAACAGUUCAUCCACUGUAGUUUUCAUUUAAAGAAAGAGCUGAAUUAAACACACUGUGAAGUUCCGUGUACAUGUUUGGAGAAGUUCCACACUGUUUUGUACAUAGGGUGUAAAAAGUGUUGAGACCUGAGAACAUUCGUUCCAGGCUGUUCAUAUAGGUGCUGUACAGACAAAAGCUUUUGUUCUUGCAUUUCCAAGACAUCAGUGUAAACUCCAAUAAGGAAAAGAAUACAAAUAUCACAGAUGUGUUUCUUUGCGAGAACCUGUAAAGAUUUUGUUAUUGCAUUUCCAAGACAUUACUAGUGUAACACAUAGGAAAACAAUAAGGAAAACAAUACAAAUCUCACAGAUAUAUUUCUUUGUAAGAACCUGUACCAGCUGUAAAAAUAAGUCAAAGUUUUUGUUUGCAAAUAUUAUCAUAACACUUUUUGGUAACAGUAAGUAAAACCUACAACAUAUUUCAUAAAGAAUACCUAAACCAAUCGAAAAGAUGUAGAGAAAGUCUUGAUCAGUUGAGGAUGAGUUCAGAUUUAUACAAGCAUGUUAAAAGACCACAGUUGAAAGCUUUCUGCCAAUGUCUGUGUGUGAGUUGUUGAUAAUGUACUGUGUGGAUGUAGAGUCAAACCACUGAUUAGUGUCUGAACAAGUUUGCUUACAGCAAGUGUAAAGAAUACAUUCCCUUUUCAAGCCAUGUUUGCUGUUGUGUAAUGUGUCUCAGCUAAAACAUUGUUACAUUAUGGAAGAAUCUUUCUAUUGUUUACAUGAUACAGUAACCAUGUCACAUGGAUGUUGUGUAGGAUUUGAUGUCUCCAAUUUGCAAAAAAUCAUAAGCCAAGAAAUCAUAGUCCUGUGGAUUGGACCCGAAGUGAGAGAUUUGAAAAUUUUGUGUAUGCACAAGGUUGGUUUUAUGAAUAUCUUAGCAUUACUUUUAAGUUAAACCAAAUGUCCAUGGCAACGUGAAAGUCACAUUUGUUUGUUCCGACAAGUAGAAGGGCUGUACCUUUUAUGUUAGGAACCUGGAAACCUACAUGCACCUUAAAAAUUUGCUGGUAAUGCCAAGCUACGUGAAGUGGCAGCUUUUGCAUUCAACAUGACUU